AUGGCAUCUAACGGAAUCCCCUCCGAAUUCCCCUACACCCUAACAAUCUCUCUCCCUCUCCCUACCAACCGCCUGGCGUCCGCCGCCCUGCGCACCCUCGAGGUUGACACCGAGCUCUCCCCCUUCGUGAAGCGCAGUUUCGCCCUGACAACGCCGAUGAAAGAGCAAACCGCCGACGAAGAGGCCAAAACUGUGCUGGAGACGACCUACUGCGCGACGACGAAUCGCAUGCUGCGUGUCUCUGUGAAUGGCUUUAUGGAAAACCUGGCAGUGGUGCUUGGAGUGAUGGAAGAACUGGACGUGGAUGUUCUA